AUCCUCGUCGAUACUGCAACGCGACGCAGAGUCAGGAUUCCUCUCGAGCAUCGUGUGUCAACGAUUACACAGUUCUCCGUUGCGUGGUGGGGAUGGAACUACUCAUUCUUUCGUUCCUUGACUUAAUCGUCGAUUGACGGGCCACUUCGUCUUGUCUUGCCUUACCCUGCAUUACCUACCGUUGCUGCAGUUCGUCACAUGUAUGCGGACAAAAGGAAGUUUUUGAUUGGUAGAUAGGACAUGCGCUGACCAAUUACAGGUGUGCUUCGUGAAUGACGUGUGCGUAGAUGGCGCAACGAUAGAUGGACAAACAUAGUUCUCAAAUAAAGUGGUCGAGAAGAUACAAAGUUUUUAUUAAACGAAGUUUUAAUUUGCGAAGGAAAUAUGUCGUUAGCCGAUGAACUGUUGGCGGAUCUCGAGGAGAACGAUGAUAACGAUCAUAUGGCGGAGGAGCCAGAGCCGGAUUUUAUUCCGGCCUCUGUUUCGAAAACCAUCGAAGAAGAAAUAAAGGUAGCUUCUGUAAGAGAGUUGGCGAAACUUCGUGACUCAGAACAGUUGCAGAAGGUAAUGUUACAAAUAGAAAAGUACAGUAAAAUUCCUAGGAAAUCUGCGGACAUUAUUGGGCCUGUUGAGUCUGAUCCAGAAUAUCAGCUUAUCGUUGAGGCAAAUAAUAUGGCUGUGGAUAUUGAUGACGAAAUAGCUACUAUACAUCGGUUUACCAGAGACAAAUACUCUAAAAGAUUUCCAGAAUUAGAAUCUUUAGUUGUUGGUCCAUUGGAAUAUGUGAUGACAGUUAGAGAAUUAGGAAAUGAUUUAGACAGAGCAAAGAACAAUGAAAUUUUACAACAAUUUCUCACUCAAGCAACGAUUAUGGUGGUUUCAGUUACCGCAUCGACAACACAAGGACAAUUAUUAACAGAAGAAGAAAAAGAAGCCAUUUGCGAGGCUUGUGAUAUGGCAGUGGAAUUAAAUAACUGCAAGUUGAAAAUAUUUGAGUAUGUUGAAAGUAGAAUGGCAUUUAUUGCUCCAAAUCUUUCUGUAAUAGUAGGAGCAUCUACAGCAGCAAAAAUUAUGGGUGUUGCUGGUGGACUGACAAAACUUUCCAAGAUGCCAGCUUGCAACGUCUUAGUUUUGGGAUCUCAAAAAACCACGUUGUCUGGAUUUUCUCAAGUAACAACUUUACCUCAUACUGGAUUUAUAUAUUACUCUGAUAUUGUACAAGAAACACCACCAGAUUUACGAAGGAAGGCAGCAAGGCUUGUCGCAGCGAAAAGUAUGCUAGCUGCCCGAGUCGAUGCAUGCCAUGAAAGUACAGAUGGCCGUAUCGGUCAAAUGUUUCGUGAAGAAAUUGAGAAGAAGCUCGAUAAGCUUCAAGAACCACCUCCUGUAAAAUUUGUGAAACCUUUGCCAAAGCCUAUCGAUCCGGGACGAAAGAAACGCGGUGGUAAACGCGUCAGAAAAAUGAAAGAGCGCUAUGCUAUCACCGAAUUUAGGAAACACGCGAACAGAAUGAAUUUUGCUGAUAUCGAAAAUGAUGCUUAUCAAGAAGAUCUUGGUUAUUCGCGUGGGACGAUUGGCAAAGCAGGAACAGGUCGUAUUCGAUUACCGCAAAUUGAUGAAAAAACAAAAGUACGGAUAUCAAAGACACUCCAAAAGAAUUUGCAAAAACAACAACAAUGGGGUGGCAGUACAACGGUUAAAAAACAAGUUUCCGGCACUGCGUCAAGUGUUGCAUUCACUCCACUGCAGGGACUGGAGAUUGUAAACCCGCAAGCCGCAGAGAAGAAAGUGAACGAAGCUAAUGCUAAAUAUUUCUCGAACAUAGCUGGAUUUUUGAAAGUAAAAAAAAUAUAGAGGAAAUUGUACAUAAUGUAGUGUAAUGUAUCGUUAUUUAUUAUAUAUUUUGUACAAGUCGGAAUGAAAUUUAUUUGUAUGGAUGUAUCUUAUAUUAUUACAAGGAAGAUUUUGAAAAACAUAUUUGUUUCAUCGUGUUUGUAUUUAAUUAAUAUCAAAUUUCGUCAAAGUAAUAUUUAAAAAUCGAGGAGUUGAAUGUUACACCUUGCUUAAUAUUAUACGUUCACUAAGCAUUUAGUAUUGAGAUACGUCUGACAAUAAGAGUGCAACUUGAAAGAAAUAUAUGUAUAUCGUCGUGAGUAUUCACGUGUAUGUACACAGACAAUUUGCAAAUAUGAUAGAUGACAGAUGACCCGCUGGUGAACUGAUCGUAAAAAUAAACAGUGCGAAAGAACUUGCCAACUAGAGUGAAAAGGGACGUUGGCGUGUGGCAAACUUGGAGCAAAAAGGAUGGAUAUACACACGUGAGAGAGCAUGGAAGAGGAAGAAGCGUGGUUGCGGCUGUGAGAGAUAGAGAGAGAUAGAAAGAACACCGGGUGGAACGAACGGCAAACCAGAACUGGGUGUCGUAAGGUAAUCGUUGAAUGCCUCGAGUGCUCGUGUGCGUUCUCACUUCGUCUCUCAUCUCCUUUCGACGAUAUGCGUACAUUAUGUGAGAUUCCACGCUGCUCGUGUGCUGCACUCGGUGCUACGCGGGAUAUGUGAUCGUGCCUUUAUUGUGACACGAGGAAAUCGUAAGAGAACUGCUGCCGACAAGGUGACAAAUUCUUGUCUCCUCCGUUGCGGAAUCCACCGGGGAAAACCGGUGGCGAAAGAAUAAAUCCUGACAACCAUGGCGAGUUCUAAAGACUUGGAGAAUGAUUGGCUCUCAUUGUGUCAGGAUUGUACUGACUGCUGGACGCGCUCUGGUGAGUCCUUACUUUCUUUUUAAAUUUCCGAGACCCGCGGCUAUGGAAAUAUAUUGUAAAAAUUAAUUACAAGAAUUUGGCCUCUGAAAAAUGUGUUUGAAAACAUUUUGAUCUUUACUUUCUUGUAAGAAUCUAUAAGUUCUCGCUAAUCUAAGUUCUAAUCUACGAGUCUUUUCGAUUCCUUACUUUUAUAAUUACACUUUGAUUUUGAAAGUUAAUAACGACAAUUAAUGACACACUUUGUAUAUACAUAUUGUCAUAUGUAUCGUGUCAACAUUAGAUGAGUAAUAAGACGUAAAAAAAUAUACAUAACAAUAUCUAUAAGAUCAUUUCGAUGUAUUUUUAUAUUAGAAAUAAUUUAAACCACACUGUGAAUUAUUCUAAUUAUAACGCUAAAUUU